AUGCUUUUCUUGUCGGUUUGUAAAAAUAACUUCGCGGUGUGUGCGCGAGGGCACCUAGUUAAUGUAACGCGCUGUGCGAUGAGAAGUGUGUUUCGGUCAACUGCGUCAUGGCGGCAGCAGACAGGUGUGUGUGUGAGGGCAGAGCUGAAGUGGCUGCAAAGACUCAAAAACAGAAUAUUCUCUGUCGCCCAGUGGUCCAGCUACACACAAUCUGACACACACACCCCACAGGACACGAAUAUCCCAAUCCUAUCGACCCCAGAGGUUACCGGCCACGCGCUGAAGGGUCCCACCGAAAGCGUCACCCGAUACUGUCGCCGGAGAGUUCACGAGAGGAUGCAGGGUAACGAAACCAGCAUUCGUUUUUAUCCGAAGCACCCCUCCUUCUCGCCCUCUCAUGUCCUCCUGGGGCUGAGGUUGUGCCCGGUGAGGUUUGGUGCACCUCUAGGCUGGAGAGGUCAAUGUAGUGGAAAACCCCGGGACAGCACACCUGGAGCCGACAGCACACCUGGAGAGGAUCUGAAGGAAACCACCCAGCCAGCUGACAGACCACCCGAUCCUGGCCAAGGGCUGUUCAAGUUUAAAGAAUUGGUAAGUGUUGUGGGUGUGUGGUAAGACAAGUAGUAGUCUUGGCAGAUUCAUUGUUGUUGAUGUCUGUCUGUGAGGAAGAAGUUGCCCCGUUGUAGGCUAAAUGAUGCCAUAUUGCUGAGUCUACUUUUAGGGUUGGUUUCCCAUGCUCUCACUUUUGUCCUGUCAUGACAUGAAUAAAGGCAGACCGAACCACACAUUCUCUAGUCAGAUCAACAAUGCACAGUCCUGCACUGAAUAUUUGUAAACAUGUUCUCUAACUUUAGCUCUUUAGGCCUCAUGUAGCUCAGUUAGUAGAGCAUGGCGCUUGCAACGCCAGGGUUGUGGGUUCGAUUCCCACGGGGGGCCAGUAUGAAAAAUGUAUGCACUCACUAACUGUAAGUCGCUCUGCGUCUGCUAAAUGAAAAAAAAAAAAACGUCUGUUUGUCUUCCAGUAUGAGAAUCCGUGGACCAUCCCCAACCUGCUGUGUGUGUGUCGCAUCGCACUGGCUCCAGUCCUGGGAGUUCUGAUCACUGAGCAACAUUUUCACCUCUCUCUGGGACUGUUCGCUUUGGCUGGAUUUACUGACGUGGUAUGCACGCCUGCCUGCACACUCACCUUGUAAAUACUUUGAUUUUAAGUAAAAACAAUAACCACACACCACCACCACUAUACUACACUACACUACACCCUCUGGUAACCCUGAGUGUUGUCUCUGUAGCUGGAUGGUUAUAUAGCCCGCAACUGGGCCAGUCAGAAGUCUGCGUUGGGCAGUGCUCUCGACCCAUUGGCUGAUAAGAUCCUCAUCAGCGUUCUCUACAUCAGUCUCACCUACGCUCAGCUCAUCCCAGGUCUGUAAGUGUUGCGGGUGUGUGUUGAAAUAUAAGUCCUUCCUUGCUGCAAUAUUCAAAUAAAUCUUAUGGUGCUAAUAAUCCCAAUCAAUGUCCACACAAUCGUCAGAGGGAGGACCAUGAGAAAACCAAUGAAUUAGUAGUUGAUUUUGUGCUCUUCCAGCUCUUCUGACCGUGUGUGUGUUCUCAGCUCCCCUAACAGCGUUGGUGAUUGCCAGAGACGUUGGUCUGAUUGCUGCAGUUUUCUACGUCAGAUACAAGACUGUCCCACCUCCUGUAAGUCACGGACACUAUGGUCCAUCGGUCAGGAUACAGGAACAAGGAGAUGGAUGGGAGUGUAUCCAGUACUGUGUUACUUUUAGAUCUGUGGUGUUGCUCUGUUUAUACUACAUAAUAAUUAUCUUCCUCGUCCUCUCUCCUUCAUCUUUCCUUCUCAAUUUCUUUCCUUCUCGCUCUCCAGGUGACUAUCAGUAAGUUUUUUAACCCCUGCUACACCACAGCGCAGCUCAAACCCACCACCCUCAGCAAGGUAAGUCUCUGUACCUCACACACACCAGUGUUUCCCCUAUAUGCAUUUAGCAGUGGCGCACCAGCCGCUGCUAAAUCGUGGCCACCACUGAAAAUGUAGGAAGAAAAAUAGGGGAAACACCCAUGCACAACGUCAUACACAAGUAAACAACAGUCCUCGUUCAUUUGUCUAGUUGGUUAAUUAAUCGUGUGUUGUGUGCGUACGUGCAUGCAUGCAGGUGAACACAGCGAUUCAGCUCUUCCUGGUAGCAGCAUCGUUGGCCUCACCCGUCUUUCACUUCACAGACAGUCCGCUCCUUCAGACCCUAUGGUAAGACACAAACCAUAGCCAGUCUGUUUCUGCAGACUACACACUGGAAAUCUAAAUGGUACAUUUGUUUCUGUUCUGCAUGUUGGUAAUACUGUCUGUUUGUGCAGGUAUAUCACAGCAAUAACGACGACUGUGUCAGGCUACAGCUACUAUCACUACGGCAUGAAGACUCUCGCAGUACUCAACAGCACCAAGUAACCAUGGCAACUGAACUCCGCAACACCAAGUAACCGUUGCAACAUAAAACACUUGAUGCACCCACCGGUCCGCCUGAGGACUCAAGUUGAACACACCCAUUCUUGUGUAAAAACUCAAAAAUGAACUCUUGUGAGCGUGUGUUUAUUAACCCAGUAUUGCCAUGGGAACCAUUCUGUCAGAUUGACAGUUUUGUAUCUGGUGAAUAAUGUGAUUGAACCAUGAACCUGCUCUGAUAGCCUCUCGGUGUGUGUAAGUCAACUCCUUGUUUAGAUUUCUAGUAUGGUCUGUAAAGAGGAUCAGGAUUCUGCAAGAGUGUGUGAGGUGGGAAAUUUAAGCGCGUGUGUAAUGUGGAAACAAAGCUUUCCAAGGUUUUCAACAUUACAACCAAUUGUACCAAAAAUGUUUGUGUCAAAGCUGUGUUGGUGACACCUGCUGGUCUACUGAAGUCACUGCAGCUGUUUUAUCAGAUUGACUAUUGGUAAUUUGCUAUUAGUUCUGUCUCCUAGCUUGGUGACUUUGUCAAUACAGCAGAGUUAGUCAAACCCUAGUCUCAUAAGCCGAGACUUCAGGGAGAUGAGAUUUGGAAGCGCAAGGCUAGUAAAACCCCAACACCAGUAAAAUUGGAAAUAAACUAUUUAAUGAGGCUUCAAAUUUAUAUCAGGUGGCGAUUGUCAUUUCGGACAGUCAUGAGUACUUUAUAUCCGAUUCGUGGUGCUUUGGAAACGAUCGAAAAGCAGUGAGAAUCACUACGCUUGACUAAUUGAUUAAAUUCAUUCAUCCAGGUGUUACAUGGCUGGUGACUUCAAACUCAAUUUGUGUGUGUAUCAGAUUCUUCAGAUUCUGGAGGUGAAUUCAGGUCUUCUGACGAGGGAUCUGUUAACCUCCACCAGCGAACAACAUCCUGCAGACAGAAAACACACGGUUCAACCUUUACCUCUGAACUGAGGGCGAGAAUUAGUAGACAAGGAGGAAAGGCAAUGAGAGGAGGUGAGGAAGGGGCCAGAGUAGGUUAAUUAGCCAUGGAUAGUGGUCACCAUGGUUACCUGCCAGGGCCAUCGCCAGGUGUAGCUCAUCUCUCAUGAGCUCCAGAACAUCGCUGACACCCUGCUCCCCCUGCAAACACAUGUUUUGACAUUUUAGUUAUUUAGCAGUAGGUAAAACAACCCCACAGUCAUUGCAAUGGGCAUUAUUUGCACACACACACAGUCGUACCUGGCAGGCGAGCCCCCAGAGUACAGGUCGUCCGAGGAAGACAGCGGUAGCCCCCAGAGCUAAGGCCUUCAGGACGUCUGUCCCCCUCCGCACCCCUCCGUCCAGGUACACCUCACACCUCCCUGCUACUGCUGACACCACCUCAGACAGCACAUCCAGCUACACACAGACACAUAACACACGUCACAGGCCAAGAAAUGAAACAUUACUGAAGAGUGUGUGUGUUGGGCUCCCUCACUGUAGCUGGGACCCCGUCUAGCUGCCUUGCUCCAUGGUUAGACACCAGGAUCCCAUCUACACCGUGGUUAAGUGCUUCUGACGCAUCCUCAGCUGAAGGGGAGAUAUAGAUGUAUAGACAUGUUACGACUUCUCUGCCAUGAAACUUAAACCCGCCUUAUCAUUAUGUGGUGUGUACUGUGUGUUGUGUGUCACCUCUCAGGACACCUUUGACGACCACAGGGAGGUGUGUGUUUUUCUUCAGCCAAGCAAUGUGUUCCCAGCAGAGAGUAGGGUCGAUAGCCUGAGCGACAUACACAGCCAGUCCACUGUCCUCACCAUAACCCUCAGCACUGGAGAACGCCAGCUCUGCCGAACCAAAGUUAGUCAUCCUACACACGCACACAACACAAACACCAAAAUAAGAGGUACGUUUAAACAAUAGAUUAUUUGAUGAAGCAUUUGUGUGUGUCUGUAAAUAUGGUGAGGUGAUGAGUGUGUUUUUGGUUCCUACUUCAGGUGAGGGGGAAGUUUAAAGCGGUUGCGCACGUCAUCUCGUCUCUUUCCGAGGUAGGGCGUAUCCACGGUAACAAAGAUGGCCUUAUACCCCGCCUCUUCAGCCCGGCGCACCAAUGACAGGGUGAGGUCGCGGUCCUUAUAGAUGUACAGCUGUACAGAUUACAUAUACGUCAUAGAUGUUCACCAGACCAGUGAUGUUAACUGUGAUGUAAUCAAAACCUAUAUCUAGCGGUACUCCACCUGCAUCCAGAGCAGGCCGUUGCCAGCUGAUGACCUCACUUCCUCUAUGGUGGAGGUGGCCCAGGAACUCAGCAUCAUCCCCGUCCCCGCCGCUCGAGUUGCUGGGAGAUGGAGCUUUAUUACACACAUACAGUAUACACAAGAGGCUAGAAGCAGCCGUGUGUGUGUGUACCUCUGGCGGUGGCGGUCUCUCCGUCAGGGUGGGCCAUCCUCUGCAUGGCGGUUGCCCCGACACACACAGGCAUGCUGAUUCGCUGACCUAACACACGAACACUCAGAUCCACACUGGACACAUCCCUCAGUACCCUAGGGAGCAAAUGCCACCUAUACACGCACACACAGAGAAGUAAUCUGGUGUAAGCCAGUGCUGUGUCAGACGUUGAACAGGACUUUGAGUUGAAGUGAGGUGGUGAGUCAAUUAUUAAACUACUGUGGUGGUUUCUAGGAAAUUGUCUGUCUAAAACAGCUGGAAAAAAAACAGUGAACAGCACUGAAACACCCAAAAAAUACUUACAGUGAGGGAAAAUAGUAUUUGAUCCCCUGCUGAUUUUGUACAUUUGCCCACUGACAAAGACAGGAUCAGUCUAUAAUUUUAAUGGUAGGUUUAUUUGAACAGUGAGAGACAGAAUAACAACAACAAAAUCCAGAAAAACGCAUGUCAAAAAUGUUAUAAAUUGAUUUGCAUUUUAAUGAGGGAAAUAAGUAUUUGACCCCCUCUCAAUCAGAAAGAUUUCUGGUUCCCAGGAGUAUUUUAUACAGGUAACGAGCUGAGAUUAGGAGCACACUCUUAAAGGGAGUGCUCCUAAUCUCAGCUUGUUACCUGUAUAAAAGACACCUGUCCACAGAAGCAAUCAAUCAGAUUCCAAACUCUCCACCAUGGCCAAGACCAAAGAGCUCUCCAAUGAUGUCAGGGACAAGAUUGUAGACCUACAUAAGGCUGGAAUGGGCUACAAGACCAUCGCCAAGCAGCUUGGUGAGAAGGUGACAACAGUUGGUGCGAUUAUUCUCAAAUGGAAGAAACACAAAAGAACUGUCAAUCUCCCUCGGCCUAGGGCUCCAUGCAAGAUCUCACCUUGUGGAGUUGCAAUGAUCAUGAUAAUGGUGAGGAAUCAGCCCAGAACUACACAGGAGGAUCUUGUCAAUGAUCUCAAGGCAGCUGGGACCAUAGUCACCAAGAAAACAAUUGGUAACACACUACGCCAUGAAGGACUGAAAUCCUGCAGCGCCCGCAAGGUCCCCCUGCUCAAGAAAGCACAUAUACAGGCCCGUCUGAAGUUUGCCAAUGAACAUCUGAAUGAUUCAGAGGAGAACUGGGUGGAAGUGUUGUGGUCAGAUGAGACCAAAAUCGAGCUAUUUGGCAUCAACUCAACUCGCCGUGUUUGGAGGAGGAGGAAUGCUGCCUAUGACCCCAAGAACACCAUCCCCACCGUCAAACAUGGAGGUGGAAACAUUAUGCUUUGGGGGUGUUUUUCUGCUAAGGGGACAGGACAACUUCACCAGAUCAAAGGGACGAUGGACGGCGCCAUGUACUGUCAAAUCUUGGGUGAGAACCUCCUUCCCUCAGCCAGGGCAUUGAAAAUGGGUCGUGGAUGGGUAUUCCAGCAUGACAAUGACCCAAAACACACGGCCAAGGCAACAAAGGAGUGGCUCAAGAAGAAGCACAUUAAGGUCCUGGAGUGGCCUAGCCAGUCUCCAGACCUUAAUCCCAUAGAAAAUCUGUGAAGGGAGCUGAAGGUUUGAGUUGCCAAACGUCAGGUUCGAAACCUUAAUGACUUGCAGAAGAUCUGCAAAGAGGAGUGGAACAAAAUCCCUCCUGAGAUGUGUGCAAACCUGGUGGCCAACUACAAGAAACGUCUUGACCUCUGUGAUUGCCAACAAGGGUUUUGCCACCAAGUACUAAGUCAUGUUUUGCAGAGGGGUCAAACACUUAUUUCCCUCAUUAAAAUGCAAAUCAAUUUAUAACAUUUUUGACAUGCGUUUUUCUGGAUUUUGUUGUUGUUAUUCUCUCUCUCACUGUUCAAAUAAACCUACCAUUAAAAUUAUAGACUGAUCCUGUCUUUGUCAGUGGGCAAACGUACAAAAUCAGCAGGGGAUCAAAUAGUUAUUUCCCUCACUGUAACUCACCUCACUGACAUAUUCCAUGAGAUGGUGAGGGAGAACAUAAUGUACGCAGAUCUUAAGUAAACGGUGUGUGAGCUGCAGUAUUCUACAGUAGUGUUGUAUGAAACCUUGUUGUCUGGUUGCAAUGUUACAACUUGGUUUGAUUCUUCCCAUUGCAAGAGUUGUUACAGGAGAGAAUGUGCGCGUUCAUGUUACCUGGAGAAAACAGCAGUGUGUGUAUGUGUAACUUAACGUUGCAGGCGUAAAAAGUUCCCACUUCCGUUUUUCAGGGGAAACGGAAGUUAGGUCGAAAAUACUGUAUCCCUGAAGACCGGAUGUUAGCGUUUUCUGGCGUCUCUGCAUAGGCUAGUGUAUGUGCUAGUUACCUGGAGAAAGCAGCAGUGUUAUCUGCCAAGGUCUCUUGCUGGUCGGCUCCAGAGCAGUAGUAGUCAAACACAGCUUUUGGUAGAACUCUCUUGGCCAUAGACUCAUAGUCAGCCACACACACUAACUUCUCAGACAUGACUACACACACACACAGACAAAUGCACACUUUGAUCCACACACACAAUAACACAUACAGGCCGACUAACUCUAAAACGACCUGAUCCACACACACAUAGACCACUCUGACUGCUGUCACACACACACACACUCCCGAGUCUCUCCUCUCUCCUCUCUGAUCAUCUGACCACCAGCAAUCAUUAACCACAAGUUUACACAGCCCUGCCUCCCACACACUCACACACACACAUUCUAAUUUAAGCAACCCUGACCCUUCACCCCACAACCCUUAUAUAUGAUAACACUGUCCACAUAGCAGAGAUAGGAGAUGGGAACCAUGACUAGACAGUAAAGAGGCCUUUGUAUAAAAAUGUUUAUUUUGGUGAUUAAAUGAUCCAUUAUCAAGGUUGGAAGGCCCUCCUCACAUGGCAACAACACUCACCACAACUUCAUUAUCAUAGUCAUCAAUCAAUAAUCGCAUCAUACCACCUAGCUCAAACGGUAUGUAUGCAUAUGGCAGUUUUAACAAUAGAAAGCUAUUUAAAAUCGAAGAAAAUAACGUUUAUAUUGUGAUAAUCAUAGAAUAUUGGACAAUAUUAGAUAAGUGGACGAAAUUAGAUAAGUGGACGAAACCUUCCAGAAGAGAUUUUUAAUUAGAGAAGAAUGGAUUAACUUUUUCAAUGCUAGUUAGGGAUACUAUAGUUAUCACAUUUCACAUUGGAUUUAUUAACUACAAAAAGGUAAGAUGUGUUUUUAAUUCUGGUGCCGCUCUGCACACACAAGCUUGUUAGCUAGCUAUAGCUAGUUCUGGUUCCGUGUUAAGCCAUCUCUGAAGUUCAAAGACAUUCAAGUUCCUCCACAGAAGCCGAUCCUCCGUAGCUAUAAUGCUGUGAGCCUAAUUCAGAUAAUGCAUGUCAUCACAAGAUGCCCAGCGCAUUAAGCCAAGCUUCCUCCUCCACCCUCUCUCGCUCUCUCCCAACCAGCAAAAUUUCAGCUGCAUCUCACGCCCUACACUUGUCUUCCCAUUAUGCAUGUAAACAACUCACUGAGCUAUAGCUUGCCCGCUCCAUAGCAAGCUGCUCUAUCUGCACUGCAUGAUUGGUUAAGUCAUUUAUUGUCGAGCUAAAUGUAAAGAAUUUACAAUUUCAGAGGUUUAAAAAGGAACAGAAAGGAACGAUAUAAACCGGUUCAGAACUUUAUUUUGCUGGUCGGAAAACAGUGGAAUGGAACAUAAAAAAUAAUGGUUCUGUACAGAACAAAACUAAUGGAAAAUAAUGUAGGUUCCAACCCCUGGUUAGGAGGUGCAUGUUGCCUGUCCUCUCCUCUGUCUCAGUGUCUCUGGCUCCUCCUCCUCGUUAGACCCCUCAACCUCAUCUGCGUCUGACGCUUGCCUCUCCUCCGCCAUACUCACACACACUCCUGCUCGAAACAAACAAACACAAACACACACACACACACACACACUGUAGAGCACUGACAACACUGUGUUUGUGUGUGCGUGCAUGCAUGCUUUGUUCUGUGGAAUCAUCCUCUCACCUGCUCUCUCCUCUUUCCGCUUCUGUCGGGAAGGACAGAGGCAAUCUGCAACCAGGACCAGUACCUACACACACACACACACAGAGAAUGAGGUAUAGAGACAGGAGUUGAAAGCAGCUCUGUUGAGUGGAGGGGAGAGUUGAGACAGGAUCAGAGCAGUUAGACAGGGUUAACGGUCAAACUAAAAUAAAGCCAACUAAAUGUAGUUAAUAAUCUAGUUUAGAAUGAAGCCAGUUUAGACUAGUUAAGAGGUUAAUGUCAGUGUAGGCAGGAGUUGAGUUGAGUUCCAAACUUUAAGUAGAAUGCAGCUGGUUACACAAGAGUAGCUGAGUGCAGCCCACACACACACACAUCUGUCCUCCUGCUGCCUCUCCAGUCUCCUCUGUCAAGUCCUGAAAUAGCAGCCACCCUCCCACUCUUACAUAAGAUCACAUUUCACUGCAGAGAAACUCAUCGAAGUGUGUGUGUGUGUUUGUUUGUCUACGUACUCUAGUAGGCUGUAAGAGAGAGACGAUUUGGCAUCUUUCUCAGAACAAUGACAUACUCAACAUGUUCAGUACCAUUCAAAAGCAUUUGUGUGACAUAAAAAUUGAAUUUUGGGCUGUUGGGUGUUUUGUGUUUAGUAAUAGUUUAGUAGUAAUACAAUAAUAUGGUGAAAGUAUUAUUAGUGUGUAACUCACCAGUCCCAUCAGCAGCCCAGUGACAAGUGUUGCCAUGGCAAAUGAGAGGUAGGAGCCCCACACCGGCAUGCCCAAAUCCCCCGUCAGAUACCCAUGAGUCCGCUACAUGCACACACACACGAUUUUGAGUGAGUGUGGAUCCUUUACACCAUUCUCUGUGUGUGUGAGAGAGAGAGAUUUGGUCUCACCCUGAUCCACAGUGAAAGCCUGAAGAGUCCGGCCAUGCAGCUCAUCCUGGAGGGAGGAGAUCCACAAAGUCAG